UAAUGCCUAGUAUUUAUAAGAAAAAAAUUACUACAGCUGUAAUACACAAAAAUAUUUUUCAGUUCGUAGUUUUGUCUCCAAAACAAAAGUAUAAAAUGAUUUGUAUCAAAGAUUUUAGCAUUGUACUCCUACUGAACUGUGCAUUGGCGGUCAUUCGAGCCCUAGGGACGUCUGUCGUUACUGUACCCUUAGAAGACUCAAUCUGGGGACCUAUGAAAAGCCACAGACCUCUCAUAGAGGGACCACGGCCCCCCUGCAAUAGGAAGUGUGAUUACGGAUACGAUACAGAUAUCGAGGGGAACUUUAUUUGUAAAUGUAACAAUCCUUGCCAGAAUGUAUACUGUUUUGGUGGAACAUCGUGUGUUAUUUCCAAGUCUUGCGAACGAGGAGCAUGCAAACUCGAUGCUUCUUGCAAGGAUUUAAGACGACAGAAAGACACCGGCUUAACUUCACCACUGAAGAGCCAGGGUUAUGUAGGUGUUUUCUUUGAUACUGCAAACUUCGUUCGAACGAAUGCAAACACAAUUUGCAGUCAGCCUUUGUCCUUCGAUGUGUUCAACUGCCCAAAGAGAAUGCGACGUUAUAUGUAUGACGCAACAAAAGGAAGGUGCGUUCGAUUCUGGGGCUGCAGAAAACCCGGAAACAACUUCGAUAAAAGAAGAACUUGCAAAGAAACAUGCAUCACACCAUAUAAGGGCAAAAUGCAUAAGAACCGAUUUAGACCAAGAAAUGUGAGAUGUAAAUUUCCCGUUGAGAACAUGCACGUUGUUUGUUCCGGAAAACUCCGACGACGAUGGGUAUUUGACGUUCUGAGAAAUAAGUGUAUUAAAAUCAAGGGAUGUCCACGACCCGGAAAUAAUUUCCAAAAACGGUUAGAAUGUAAAUUGCAAUGCGUGCGCCGAAGGAAAUGGAAGAAAAGGGGUUGAAAUUUCAACAUCCAAUGUACAGUGUUAACCCUAGGUACGGUAGAUACUGUAACCUUAUUACCGAGCUGCGACAGAAUAUAAAGAUCUCUGGCAAGAACGUUAAUCGAUCGGUUUUGCAAUUUAUUGUUGCAGAAAAAGUGUUUCUCGAGCUUCUACAAGAAACAAUGCCCCGAAGAAAUUUUCCCACCCACCGUCCUGUGACGUCAACUGUUCAGGAGCGUUUCGAGAAAGAAUGGCGGCAGGACCGCCAAGAUUGACACGGAAUCUUCCGGAUUCUACGUUUAAACUAUAUAAUGAAGUAUAUACUGUGUAAUACUUAAGGUUGUUUUUCAUGACUGUAUUUAAAAAGGAUGGGAUUUUCCAGUUACAGUGAUGUUAUUUUUUAAAUGAUUUAUGUUUUAUAUAGUUUUUUUUAAAUUGUUGACAAUAAAAUGAACAAGAACCUU